GACUACAGUGUGCCACGUACAGGCUUCAAGGCCAAGUACAGCAUCGCUUCCACAUCUAACGGAACUACUGCUGGUAAUAACGGAACAAGUGAGACGGCAACUAGCACUCCUCAAUAUACAAACAGAAUUACCUCAUAUGUGACGACCAGAACCGCACAGCACGGAACAGUCCUAAAUGCCACUUCACUCGCAUCGGAGGCAACCCUCAUGACGAACUCCACAGUACCCGGGGUACCCUCCGAGAAGCCGAUUGUCACCAUGGCGACUGUACCUUCGGUCGUAGAAGGAGGCGGCGAAGCCUUCGCCAUGUUGGAGUGCACGGGAGAGUACAUGCAGAUCGUGUUCAGCCGAUCGCACCUUCCCGGCUUCGAUACGGGCAACCUGCAUCUCAUAGACCCAUCAUGCAAAGCGACCGGAAACGCCACGCACAUCAUCCUGACUGCUCCAUUCGAGGGAUGUGGAACUGUCAAGACGGACACUGAAUCAGAGAUCAUCUACUUCAACAAGGUCCUCAGCACCGACAACGAUGGCGUCGCCUUCAUCACUCGCAUCCGGGAACUCGAGGUGCCGUUCGAAUGCCGCAUGGACUCACGGGAUACCUUGAGCGCCAUGUUCAGUCCGCAGAUUGAGAAGAUCUUCUUCUUCAGGUCGGCUCAUGGGAAGUACAACUUUGACAUGCAGCUGUUCACGUCAGCCGGCUUCCAGCAGCAAAUAGACACCUUCCCGUACGUGGUGCAGCUGAACCAGCCGCUGUACGUGCAGGUCCAGGUCCUGACUCCCGACCAGGAUCUUCAGCUGUUCGCGGAAAGCUGCAUGGCCACUCCGUCAGCCAACAUACUGGACCCCAUGUCUUACACAUUCAUCAGCGAUGGGUAGGCAUUGCAAUACAUAACAAUAUGUAAAAUAUUCUUUAAAACUUUGAAUAUAUACUUUAUCUUAAUCGACUCAGUGAAGAAAUUAUGAAAAUAAUAUUAAAGCAUUUGUUGUACUCUAAAGGAUGUCAUCCGCGGCAAGUACUAAAUUUAGUUGCUGAAUAUCUCUUGCUGUGUACGAUUCCCAAAUAGACACGGCUAAUGGUAUAUAUAUAUAUGUGAGGGUAAAGACUCCGAUCUGGUACAAUCGGCGUUUCUACCGGCAGAGAUCCCGAUC